AUGGUAGAGCUAACACUCUCAGGAGUCAGCCGAGGCCCAGGCAAAUUCGGUCCUGCGCCCAAAGUCAAACCGAGGCCAGGGAGGCCACGGCCUGGUUCUGCAGCUGCAGCUGCUGGAGGGGGUUCGCAGCCGACGCUAAAUGCAGCAACAACAACGGUCACGCCGACUCCUACACCUACACCUACACCUACGCCUGCGCCUACGCCUACGAAUGCGAAUACGAAUACGCCGGCAGCGACGGCGGUGGGAGCUACGCCUGUCGAAACCGCGGAAGUGGGUGUGCCACAACAACCGGCAACGCAGAUACAGGCGCAGGGGACGCAGGAACCGCAGGUGGAAUCGCGGGAUGAUGAGGCAGUAGGGGUGGUGGUGGAGCCUAGGCGGACGGUUGCUGGGGUUGGGACUGGGAUAGGGGUAGGCGCUGGACGAGCAGGGGCGGUGGUUGUGAAUGCGACGAAUGCAGUAGCCGUAGAGGUCGCAGGAUCGGGUAUACCGGAGAAAACACCACUACCCACAAUAACCGCUGCGCCAGCCAUCCCGACACCUCCAUCCACGGCACCAGCAACAACAGCACCACCAUCAAAACCAACACUCCCCGCACCCAUCCUAAAAGACGUACUCCUCCAAAAAGAACAAACACCCACCGGCGGUGUAGCACUGGUCGUCGCCACCAUGCAGGACACGGAUGUGUUGGAUGAUGAGGAGCAUGUGUCGAUUAAUGCGAGUGAGGGUCGGCCCAGGAAGGGUGUGCCACCUAAGAUAGGAGGCAUUGUACCGGGCAUUCGCACCCAGGCGAUCCUAAUACCGGGCCAGAAGACAUCCUUACCAGCCGACAAGCCGCAAGAGACCGACAGAGCAUUGCCCAUCGCGACACCCCAUACCAGCUCAUCUCUAUCGAUCCCACCCCCCUCAACCCCAAUGAUAACCCGCGCCCGCUCCGGCUCCCGCGCCUCCUUCAUCCCCACCGUCAUCAGCUCCGCCGCGCCCCUUUCUCCCACCCACGAAGAACACUCCCCUUCCUCCCCCACCGCCGACCCGGACUUUACCCCCGCCGACGACGUCCCUGAGAUCCUCGACGAAACAACCCUCCCAAAAAUAACCCUCUCCGCCCUCAUCAAGCACAAAUUCCCCUCCGGCAAACUCUCCCGCCUCGAAGAGCUCCGCCGCGAACAAAAACGCGAGGCCCGUACCCGCUCCUCAUCCCCUGCUGCCUCCUCCGUCCGCUCCCGCUCCGCUUCUCCCGCCCCCUCAGAGCCUGAACAACAACCCGUCAGAAGAGCGGGACCGCAAUUGAAACUCGGCGCAGACGGCCGCUACGUCGUCGACACGGAGACGUUAGUCGUGCAGAACAAAGUCCUGGAUGAAAGCGAGUUGGAGACGGUGGACGAAGGCGUGAUGCGCCACGUCACGAGCGCCAGUUUCCGACGCAAGGAUCGGAUGGGGAGAGUCAAAUGGACGGGGGAACGCACCGAGGUGUUUUAUCAGGGCCUGAGUUACUUUGGCACGGAUUUUGGAAUGAUCUCCCUGUUGUUGCCGGACCUGACCCGCGCGCAGAUCAAAGCCAAAUACAACGCCGAGGAACGCACCAACGCCCGGAAACUCUCUGCCGCCAUCCUCCGGCGUCGAAAUCUACGUACGGUUUCCAAAAAUCCUCAAUAUGCUUUGUGGUUGUUUGUUUUUGGGGCGGAGGACGUCGCGGAGAAGAUGAAGGAGAGUGUCCGAGAGCGAGUGCAGAAACGCAAGAUGGCUGCGCGGGCCGCGGGGGAGGACUACGGCGACGACGACGACGACGAGUCCGCCCCCGGCCCCGAGAGCAAGCGGGUGAAACGCGACGAUGCUGACGAUGCGGAGGCGGUGGUCAAAGAGAGGUCGCCUGCCGCUGCUGCAGUUGUUGGGGCGGCGACGAUUGUGUUGGAGGACGAGGAGGAUGCGGAGGAGAUGCAACGGCCGGUGCCGCAGGCGGCGAGGAAAUUCGUGCCCCCCGUCGAGGAACCGGACGUCGGCGCACCCUUGGCGGUCGAUAUCCCGCUCGAGUUAUCGGUGCCGCGGCCGAGUAGGGCCGUGAUCCCCGGGGCGGGUGGAGUGAAGCCGAGGAUGGGUGGACCGCGGGUGGUGCCGCGACGCCGAGGGGAAGGUGGGGGAGGCGAAGGUGCUGCUGCGAGUGGGAAUGCAAAUGCAGGGACGAGCGCGAAUACAACGCCGUCGACGCCAGCGCCAGCACAGACGGAACCGACGGGGAUCCCCAUCGUCGCGCCGCCCAAAGUAUCGGCGCGCGUACGCGCCAUCCCAACCAUCGGUGUAGCGCGGAAGUAG